AUGGGGCGAAGGAGAAUUGAAUUCCCAGACGAGUUACUUGAAGAAAUCGUUAUAAGAUUACCUAUCCAAUCUAUCAUAGCUGCUAGAUCUGUUUGCUCACGCUGGAGGAACAAGUUGUGCGCCAAAUACUUCCAGGCCAAGAAAGAUUCUCGCGAACCACAACAGCGCUGGAUCAUUAUGGAUUUCUUCCUCCUCAGUGAAGGUUUCCUAGGGGUUUUUGAUACGAUUGAUAAGAAAUGGCUCAAGAUACCACUGUCUCUGCCUCCAAACACUAGAUUUUCGCUUCUUUGUGGCUCCUGUGGAUAUCUUUGUUUCAUGGACAGGCAGGCGAUUACCACUCAUCACAUCCACCUUUGCAAUCCAGUGACGCAGCAAUGGCUACAACUUCCACUGCCACGAUCAAUCAAAACUUCACGCUUGCACAUCCGGAUGUAUGGAAUCAGAGGCUCGAAUCAUUUCAAGCUCCUGAUGAUAGAUGGCACGGAUUUGCCCUCUCGAUUAGCUAGUAGUCUCUACGAUUCACAGACAGGAGAUUGGAAGCCUCGCAGCCAAGAGUGGAUCACAAACUUUACCAGCUUAUGGGACAACCUAGCUAUGUGCAAGGAUGGGAUUUACGACAUGGACAAAGAAGAGUGGAGGCUGCGCGGGCAAAUUUCAGAUUUCCAGCCGACAACCCUUCGUCUCCGCAGAGACGGUAGCGUAUUCAGGACCAAACUGGUGGGCACGAGGAUCCGAGUCUAUCAGCUUGACAUGGAGAGCACGCGAGAAGAGCUUGUGACAGAAUCUCCAGAGAGAAUGCGCGUCGAAAUGCCGCCUGGGUGCUCAGGCAUGAUUCCAUGGAGUUACUUCGAUGGGCUGGACAACUUGUGGGUCGUGUGCCCAGUCCUCCCGGCGAUCUACAGAUACGAGCCGUGCUCUGGGCAGUGGAGCAGCUUCGAUAACAAGUGGAGUGGAGCUGCAGACUUUGGCUAUGCCAUUUGCUGUGAGUUGAGCUUCCAUGAGUUCCCUGAUUGCACAACGCCAUUGCAAGAAUAAAAUCACAGCAUGGAAUUGACGAUAAAGGGAUAUUUUCUAUCUGAAUUAGAUUAAUCCAUGGAUUGAUAUUGCCCUCUUCCAUUCUAGCUAAUGUGACUAUCCAGAACUCCAGAUCAAGGUGGCUAGCUUCUCACAACAAGGAGAGUCACGAGUGGUGAUGCAGCACAGUCUUUGGAGAAGCUUGGAUUUACGUUGACAUUUCCUGGCCAGUCUAAUAUUAAAUCUUCGUGGCAUCUCAUACAGCCAUGCAGCUUGAAAGCAAGGACUUGGAAGCUACUAAUUUGUCCACGGG